AGGAGGAAUGCCAAGCUCCAUCCAGAGCAGAGGGCAGAAGCAUUUGCGCAGAUAGUCUGCGCUGCAAGAACACAUUCUCGGUUUCUCAGCCUUGGAAGUUUCUUGUCGUCUUGUGUUUAUUUUUGCACAUCUGCAGCUCCAUUCACCUGCAAAGGAGCACGCGUUGACAGCAGCCAGCCUGUGACAGCCUACAUCAGGGAUAUAAAAUGGUGAUCAAAGUGUACAUAGCGACGUCCUCUGGAUCAACCUCGAUUAAAAAGCAACAGCAGGAUGUGAUGGGCUUCCUGGCAGCUAAUAAAAUCGAGUUUGAGGAGUGUGACAUUGCGGCCAACGAGGCCAACAGGAAGUGGAUGAGAGAGAAUAUACCAGAGGAGUCCAGACCUGCCACGGGGAACCCUCUCCCUCCACAGAUUUUUAAUGAAGACAAAUACUGUGGGAACUACGAGGCCUUCUUUGAUGCCAGGGAAGACAACGCUGUGUAUGCAUUUCUGGGUCUGACUGCUCCCCCAGGUUCAAAGGAAGCAGAGGCUCAAGCGAAGAAAGCACAGCAGUAGCAUCCUCACUCCGUUUCUACCUUAAACCUCAGGCCUUCCCAAGACCCAGACCCGGAUCCAGACUGACCCAGAACACACCCGGGAAAAAGAAAAACAAGACAGGAAUAACUCAUCACUCAGCUUAUAAAUGCACGGACCAUUUAUACUUACUUUACUCUGUAUGUUUUCUUAUAUUUCCGCUGUGCCUUUCCAGCAGCAGUAAAAGGAGGUAAAAGUAUGGAGCACUUUGGAUAUCUGCCACCUGCAGUUAAACUCAGCCAGCAAAACCUGAUGAAAUCCCAAUCAACCAUCAGCAUGAAUGUGCAACCCACAUCAGGCACAAACGAGAGUCUUAAAGUAACAUUAGUUAGAUUCAGGGUGUCACUGAUGUUAUCACUAAUUUACAGCACAUAAUAGUCAUUUACCCAAAACGUUGAAUUAGUCUCAGAGUCUUAAAUCCUGGAAAUACCUAGUCAAGUAUUUAGCACUUGCCAGUCAUCAAAACUUCAGCUGCGUUCUGGACAAAUGAUCUAUUAGCCUCUAUAUUUACUUACUUGAUAUUGUCUUAAAGCUAAUUUAAUAGCAAUCUUUUUUUUCUAAGAAGUCAAUGUUUAAAAAUGAGAAUACCUGCCAAAUGGCCAAAUGAGGGAUUGCUUUCAUUAUUAUUAUUAUUUCCUGUGUUUAUAUUUUGAGAAAUGCUGCAGUAGGAAUCAUGUUUCCCAUUGUGUUCCCAUUUCUGUUUGAUGCACACCCAGAAUUUAAAUAAAACAUAAAAAUGA